AUGAGGCCAAAAUUUCCUUCUUUGCGCCAAAUCUUCAUUCCUUUCUUCAACAAUAUGCAUUUAUUUUUAUCUGCCUUCAUCAUGUAUAGGGAACGACUACCUGCGCAGUUGACCUGGCUGAAUAUCCAUAAGCGAUUUUACCAAUACCUGUGCAUUACAUCCUCACUUUACAUUCAUCAUGAAUUAUCUUUCUUUUACCUUCUUUCUUUCUUAAUUUCUUUCUUUCUUUCUUUCUUUCUUUCUUCAUUCAUUUUAUUCUUUAUAUAUUCUCUAUCAAUCGAUUCUUUAUUUUUGUUUUUUGUGAUCAAUUCCGUCUUUCUUUCUUUCUUUCUUUUCUUUUUCUUCAUAGUUUUUAUUCAUUUUUAUAUAUUUCUAUUCGAUUCUUUCUUUUCCUUGUUUUUUGGGAUCAAUCGUCUUUCUUUCUUUUUUCUUUUUCUUUCUUUCUUUCUUCAUUCAUUUUUAUUCUUUAUAUAUUCUCUAUCCAAUCGAUUCUUUUAUUUCCUUGUUUUUUGUGAUCAAUUUCUUUCUUUCUUUCUUUCUUUCUUUCUUCAUUCAUUUUAUUCUUUAUAUAUUCUCUAUCAAUCGAUUCUUUCUUUUCCUUGUCUUUUUUUGAUCAAUUCCGUCUUUCUUUCUUUUUUCUUUUUCUUUCUUUUCUUUUCUUUCUUUCUUUCUUUCUUUUUUAUUCUUUAUAUUCUCUAUCCAAUAUUCUUUCUUUUCUUAUCCGUCUUCUUUCUUUCUUUUUUUUUUUUCUUUCUUUCUUUUUUUGAUCAAUUUCAUUUUCUUUAUAUAUUCUCUUCUUUCUUUCCUUUCUUUUUUCAAUUUCUUUCUUUUUCUUUCUUUUCUUUCUUCAUUUUUAUUCAUUUAUAUAUUCUUUAUCCAAUCGAUUCUUUUUUUUCCUUGUCUUUUUGUGAUCAAUUCCUUUCUUUCUUUCUUUCUUUCUUUUCUUUCUUUCUUUCUUCAUUCAUUUAUUCUUUUAUAUUCUCUAUUCGAUUCUUUUUUUUCCUUUUUUUUUUCAAUUCCGUUUUUUCUUUCUUUCUUCCUUUCUUUCUUUCUUUCUUUCUUUUUCAUUUUUAUUCUUUUAUAUUCUCUAUCAAUCGAUUCUUUUUUUUCUUGUUUUUUUGGGAUCAAUUCCGUUUUUCUUUUUUCUUUCUUCCUUUCUUUUUUUCUUUCUUCAUUCAUUUUAUUCUUUAUAUAUUCUCUAUCCAAUCGAUUCUUUCUUUUCCUUGUCUUUUUUUUGAUCAAUUCCGUCUUUCUUUCUUUUCUUUCUUUCUUUCUUUUCUUUCUUCAUUCAUUUUAUUCUUUAUUUAUUCUCUAUCAAUCGAUUCUUUCUUUUCCUUUUUUCUUUCUUCUUUCUUUCUUUCUUUAUUUUUCUUUCUUUCUUUUUCUUUCUUUCUUCAUUCAUUUUAUUCUUUAUAUAUUCUCUUCCAAUCGAUUCUUUCUUUUCCUUGUCUUUUUGUGAUCAAUCCGUCUUUCUUUCUUUCUUUCUUUCUUUUCUUUUCUUUAUUUCUUAUCCUUCAUUCUUUUUUUUUCUUUUUCUAUUCUCUAUCAAUCGAUUCUUUCUUUUCCUUCUUUUUUUUAUCAAUUUCCAAUCGAUUCUUUUUUUUCCUUUCUUUUUCUUUCUUUCUUUCUUUCUUUCUUUCUUUCUUUCUUCAUUUUUAUUCUUUAUAUAUUCUCUAUCCAAUCGAUUCUUUCUUUUCCUUGUCUUUUUGUGAUCAAUUCUUUCUUUCUUUCUUUCUUUCUUUCUUUCUUUCUUCAUUCAUUUUAUUCUUUAUAUAUUCUCUAUCCAAACGAUUCUUUUUUUUCCUUGUCUUUUUGUGA